AUGGAAUUUCGAAUCCUCUUCUCUCUUUCCCUACUUGUUGUAGGGAUUCUCGGACAACUAGUAGAGGAUAAUGGACCAGUACACUAUUGUUUCAUUGACCCACCAGUGAAGCAACGCCUCUCCCCAAACCUUCUUGAGAACAUCACUACAUGUACUCACCUCGUCUAUGGAAGAGUUUCAAUUGACAAAGACUAUCCACCGUAUCCUCAAUACAGUGUUACGGAUGUAGAUUCUGGAUACGAUAUGGACAACAUCCGGACAUUUUUGAGAAUGAGAGAGUAUCAUCCGAAUGCCAAAUUUCUCAUUCGUCUUGUAAGGACCGCGCCGUUCGAAGACUCAGUUGUUGCCACGAAAACUGCAAAUGCUCUCAUGAAGCAUGUGAAGAGCAAAAGAUUCGACGGAGUUCUUGUUAUGUUCGAUGGAAUCCAUUUGGAAUACCGUUCUUCCACUGCAUUCUUGGAAGCAAUGUCUGAAGAAAAAUCAAUGAUGUUGGUGUUUGGAUUAUCUGGAAGGCGUGUUUUCGGCUAUGGAGCCGUUAAAAGACUCCAAGAGAUCAAUCCAUUGGUGGAACACAUCUUCUUGGAUAUGGGAGAACUUCCAUCUAACGAAGAGCCAACUAGAAUCACUCAAAUCAACCCACUUUUCUCGAACACAUCAAUUCCAUUUGAGGAAACGAUUCAAGGAACUGUUGAUGAGUUAGUUGAAUUUUCUCUUCCCGAAUUUCAUUUUUCAUUUCAGGAAGGAAUUCUUCCAGCUCGUAUUGUAGUUGGACUGACAGCAGGAGGAUGGAAGUUCGAGAUCAAAGAAUCACAAGAUCCAUUGAGAAUCUCUCAUGGAAUUUAUGCUGUGGAAGCUGGUAAACGAGUAGCUUAUCAAGAUGCAUGCAAAGCCAGAGGAGCAGUGAUAUACGAUUGGAAAACAAUGAAUGAGAUCACUGUUUAUAGACAAAUGUGGAUGAAUAGAAGGUACACGACUUUAUCAUUGAAACUACUCAAAAGUAUAUUUCAGAUUAAAUGGAUCCUCGGACAGAAGUUCGCUGGAUUCGGAAUCUCUGAUGCCCUAACAGACGAUCCACGUGGUGACUGUGGAACCGAUCCUCUUCCAGCUCAUCGCCUAGCCAUGCAACUGAUUCGUAACACAAUUCCAGCCAAUCCAGCGAAAUGUACAAGACUCUGUUACUUGGAUCCAGAACAAGUCGAAGAGACCUUCCCAAUUGACAAUUUGAGAUCGGAUUACUGUAGCCACAUCGUAGUUCACUAUUUUGAUUUGGACUUGAAGAACAAUGUGGUCGUUGCUGAAAAAGCAGAGAGCUUGGUUAAGAAAAUUGAUCAAUGGAGAACAAAAAUUGUUGAGAUUGCUCCAAAACUUAUUCUUUCUCUUGGUUCAAAACAGGUCACUGGAGUCUGGCAGUUCCUUCUCGGUAAUGAUUUCCGUCGCAAGGAAGUUGCUGAGGAGCUUGUAAAAUCUAUGUAUGCGUCUACUGCUGAUGGACUCGAAAUCUCGUGGACUUUGGAACAAAUGGCCAGUGAUUUUGAUAAAAAGAAUCUGAAAGCGUUGAUUGAUGAUAUCGUUACGAUAGAUGUCGAAAAGAAAUUCGAGCUCGUUGUGGCAGCUACUCCACAGAGCAGUUUUUCGGAUUUCUAUGAUUAUGAGCAUCUGAAUCAAACCGUCUCUCUUAUCGUCCUUCACUCGCAUCGUCUUCACUCAGAAUCUCUUCCAUUCACCGGACACUCAUCUCCACUCCGUGCCACGUCAUCAAUGAAAGAUCCAAAAAUGACAUGGGAAUCCCUUUUCAACCAUUGGGCUGAGAAGAAAGUAUCUCGCUCUAAAAUUGUUCUCUCCCUCACUGCAUCUACUCUCUCAAUGCAAUCUCUCGCUGAUAUGCGAAGCUCAGCUUUAGCUCCAUUCGGUCAACCAGUCUUCGUUUCAAUGUUGCGAUCGAAGAAGUCUGAUAUUCAUAGCCAGCAAGAGGUUUGUGAGAGUCUAGAGACAGGCACAGGAAUCACUCAUUGGGUUGAUGUAGCUGACGUUCCUUACUUAAGACGAUACGAUCAAAUGGUGGCUUAUGAAAACACUCUGAGCUCUCAUAUUAAAGCAGUUUGGGCUUCCAUGAAAGGUGUUGGCGGAUUGGCUCUUCACAAUAUUCAUCAGGAUGAUCCAAGUGCUGUUUGCAACAACCGUACCUCAUUCCCUCUUCUGGAUUCUCUCUCCCGUGCUCAAGUCUGCCAGAAGUGUUUGAAACAACACGACUUCAAGAAGUGUGCUCAACACGAUUUUGUUGUCAGUUGCAGCUUCGAUUUGAAAAAGAAUAUGCCUCUUUUCAAAACCGAUAUCGUUCCAUACGAGAGAUGCACUGAAGUGGUUGUGGAGCAAGCCAAACUCUCGCUGGGUGGAAACAUCACUUUUAAGGAUUCACAACAGGAGCAGGUUCUGAGAAACUUGACUACUAUGCGCCCAAAGAUGCUGAAAUGUGGAAUGGUUCUAUCUCUUUCCUGUGGAGAUUCCGAGAAGCAUCUCAACCAUAUUCUUGGAGAUAACAUGACUUCUGCUAUCAACAAUGUGAUGAGUGUCAUGGAAAAGUACAAGUUCUCUGGAGUCCAGUUGGAUUGUGAAAAGGCGAUUCGCAGAGGAAAUCAUAUCUUCUUCAGCAAUUUUGUGAAAAAAUUGGUCAAGAAGUUCGAGAACACCAAGGCAUCAAAUGGAUGUAAUAGAACUCUUUCUGCAAGAUUUUCCCCAUUCACAAGAACUCCUUCAAGCUACUACAGUAUCUCAUUGCUCAAUCGUCUCUCUCACGUAUCCAUUCGAAUGACUGAUAAGAAUCAAGUGGAUCUUCCAUUCUUCUUUAACACUUCUAACCCAGAUUUCCCGUCAACAGAAAAAUUUGUGAAACUUUGGAAGAAUUUCGGAUUGAAGCCAGAAAAGUUGGUUUUAGAACUGUCUCCAUUUGGAUGGCAAGAAGGAAAAAAGGAGGGCGAAAAGAUUAAAAUGACUCAAGGAGAAACUUGUGUGGCCGUUGGAAACAAAGCAGUUUAUCAGCAAAACUAUGAAAUUCUGACUGGAUCCACUAGUCAUGCCAAUGGAACUGUUCAUAUUCCACUUAUUGAGGAUUUCCGCUACAAGAUCGGCUAUAUUCAACGCGAACAACUCGGCGGACUUGCUUUGAAUUCUGUGAAUGGGGACGACUAUACUGGAAUUUGUGGACGGGGAUCCUUCCCGAUUCUUAAAUCGGUCUACAGCUCCACCAAGUGUCGCUAA